AUCCGCAUAAAUGUCCAUGGUGUUCGAACGUUGUAAUCAUUAUCACUCGAACACGUACUUAUUGACGUAUAUGCGCGUAUUGAGAUGUUAACUAUGUGUUAUGACUUUGUAGAUAUGAAUUUUAUUAGACAAAACUAUAUUAAUAAUUACCAACUACCGAAUAAUAUCAAUAUUUUCAAGUCACGUAUGAAUAUUUUAGAACGUAUAUGUUAUGACGAGGUGCAUCUACAACAGCGGUACUCCGUAACUUAUAAAUGCAGUUACAAUAAUAGUAUGUAAAUAAUAGGACGUAUGCAUACUUAACGUCAUCCGUAAUUGAACCUUGGCGUAAUCUCUCUUGACAGCGAUUGUCUUACACGCAGUCCCGUGCGACCAGUGGCGUAACUAGGGGAGUGAAGACGGAGAUUGUUAUCCGGGCGUGCAAUUUUCGUAAUUUGAACGAAACGCAAUAUUAUAGUCGUCUAUAACGUCUCUUAAGAAUUUCGAGUGUUCGCCGCCGACUUGUUACGAGAUGGAACGGUACCUGAAGGAAGAACCGAUGGUAUCGUCCUCGCCGACGCGGUCCGAGUCACCAUGGCUGACGACGUGGUCAACACGCGUGGAGGUGGAGGUGGGCCUGGACUGCGAGAGUAGUGUGACGUCCAAUAGCAGCUCGCCUUCGACGUGUUGGUCCGGAUUCGCGACGCCACCACCCAGCCCGCCGGACGAAACAGACGUGUCGCCGACCGUGGUGGCGUCGUUGCUGUCAUCGGCAGCAGCAGCCGCCGCAGCCGCAAAAGCCGCGGCCACCGCCUCGACCGCCGGCACUUCCGGUCGGGUCGCUUCCGCCGCGACCGCGUCCACCCCCUCCACGUCAGCGGCCGCCACCACCACUGCGGGUCUGCUGAAAGUGACCGUUGCCCCGGCCGCCGCGUCGGGAGCCACCGUCAGCCCGGUCAGCACCGCCAGUACCUGUACCGCCGGCACCAACAACGCCAGCACCAACACCACCGUCACCGUCGGUGGCCGGACGGCGGUCGGCGCCGUGGCCGCUGUGGCGACGACGAUCGCCGCCGCGUCGCCCGCGCACCGCGAGCCCGGCACCGCCGUGGCCGCCGUUGUCCACGCCCCGGUGUUGUCCAUCACCACGGCUGCCGCCGUCGCGUACCACCCAAGGCUCCACCUGUCACCGGACGCCGCCAAGAAGAUACACAAGUGCAAGUAUCCUGGCUGUGAGAAGGUGUACACGAAGAGUUCGCACUUGAAAGCCCACCUCAGGACGCAUACCGGCGAAAAGCCGUACAAAUGCGAGUGGAUCGGCUGCGGCUGGAGCUUUGCCCGGUCGGACGAGCUGACCCGCCAUUACCGCAAGCACACUGGCGCCAAACCAUUCAAGUGUCGCCACUGCGAGCGAUGUUUCUCCAGGUCCGACCAUUUGGCGCUGCACAAGAAGCGGCACUUCACUUAAACGCAAGCACACGACGCACGAACACACACACCCACACACAACCAGAGAGAAACGCGCAAAAAAAA